UUGCAUCAGCGUGUGUUGGACGGCACUCACCGGCAAACUUACCUCCCAGCAGCCACUUGUCUUGUUUUAAAGUGAAAAUAUUGCUACUAUUAAAGCCAGUCAUCAGUCCUAACAUUGAGGAAUAGCUACCGACGGCCAGAUGAAGCUCUUUGUAAGUGAAGGCAACCCGCAUUGCCUCAAAGUGUUAGCCACGUUAGAAGAAACUGGAGUUCAGUGUGACGUCCAGUAUGUCAACCACGAAGAGAAAGUCGUGCCCUUCCUUAGCCGUCCAGCCUUGCCAGCCCUGCUCCUACCUAGUGGACAGCACCUUUUCAGCUCCAAUGCCAUCUGCCGAUACAUGUUUGAAGUGAGUGGGCAAGAAUCCAGUGAGCUUUGCAACCAGUGGCUGGAAUGGGAGGCCACAGAUUUUCAGCCUGCACUGCUACAGGCCCUUCACAUGGCAGUGCUGCAGGGGAAGGGAUCAGAGGUCCCUAAAGUCCUCAAGGGGCCCCUAAACUACUUGGACCAAAGCUUAAGCAAGGGGAUCACGCCAUAUUUAACUGGGGAAGUUGUUUCAGUUGCUGAUAUUGUAUUGUGGGCUGCGCUGUACCCUGUUUUCUCUGACUCUUCACUGGCUUUGGGUGAACACAAGUCUGUGAGGGCUUGGUUUGACCGCGUCACUGGUAUGCACAGUAGCAAGUCUGCUGCUCAGAAAGUGCUGCAGGGUAAAGGCCUGCAGGGCAUGAAGAGCUACAUGCAGAGGCAGCCUGCCCCUCAAAGCAGCCAGUGCAGAGACACACAUCCAUGCAACAGCAGCCCUGCUGAGAGUGACGAAGGGGAGCGUGUGGUUUCAGAAGAAGAGAUGGAGGCAGCUGCUCUUACCUGGAGUAAAGGUUUAAACUCCUGUCCAUUCACUACAGACAGACAACACCCAAUUUUGCCACAGGAGGGCAAGCGAAACAUCCUGGUAACCAGCGCCUUGCCGUAUGUCAACAACGUCCCCCACCUGGGAAACAUCAUCGGCUGUGUCCUCAGCGCUGAUGUCUUCUCCAGAUAUGGCCGCCUGCGAGACUACAACCUGCUGUUCGUAUGUGGCACAGAUGAGUAUGGCACAGCUACAGAGAACAAAGCCAGAGAAGAAGGCCUGACUCCGCAGCAGAUCUGUGACAAGUACCAUGCCAUUCACUCCAGCAUCUACAAGUGGUUCCAGAUUGACUUUGACUUUUUUGGCAGGACCACCACAGAGAAGCAAACACAGAUAUCCCAGAAUAUUUUCUGGAGACUCCACGAGCGUGGUUUCCUAAUUGAGGAGACAGUGGAGCAGCUGCGUUGUGAGAACUGUAAGUGUUUCCUGGCUGACCGUUUUGUAGAAGGCACCUGUCCCCACUGCAGCUACCCGGAAGCACGUGGAGACCAGUGUGACAAGUGUGGGCGGCUCAUCAAUGCUGUGGAGCUCAGGGAACCCCAGUGUAAAGUCUGCAGGCAGACUCCAGUCAUUCGCUCCUCCAGACAUCUUUUCCUGGACUUGCCAAAGCUGGAAGCUCAGUUGGAGCAGUGGCUAGACAAGUCAACCAGCGCAGGAGACUGGACAGCAAAUGCCAAACAGAUCACUCGCUCCUGGCUGAGAGAUGGACUCAAACCUCGCUGCAUCACCAGGGACCUUCGAUGGGGAACACCAGUACCUCACCCUGACUUUAAAGAGAAGGUGUUCUACGUGUGGUUUGACGCCCCCAUUGGUUAUCUGUCCAUUACAGCCAACUACACUGACAAAUGGGAAAAGUGGUGGAAGAAUCCUCAUCAGGUGGAGCUGUACAACUUCAUGGCCAAGGACAAUGUGCCAUUCCACAGUGUGGUGUUCCCCUGCUCCCUACUGGGAGCUCAGGACAACUACACUCUGGUCAAUCACCUUGUUGCCACUGAAUAUCUAAAUUACGAGGACACUAAGUUCUCCAAGAGUCGUGGUGUUGGUGUGUUUGGAGACAUGGCCAAGGACACGGGUAUCCCGUCUGAUGUGUGGCGGUUCUACCUGCUGUAUGUGCGUCCAGAGGGACAGGAUUCAGCCUUCUCCUGGGCUGACAUGGCUGUGAAGAACAACUCAGAGCUGCUCAACAACCUGGGCAACUUCAUCAACCGAGCUGGCAUGUUUGUCACCAAGUUCUUUGAUGGCUGCGUGCCUGCAAUGGAGCUCCAGCAGGAAGAUAAGAAGCUCCUGGCUUUGGUGGGCUGGGAGCUGCAGCAGUACAUCCAGCUCAUGGACAAAGUCAAAAUCCGUGAUGCUCUUAAACACAUCCUAAACAUCUCUCGCCAUGGCAACCAAUACAUUCAGGUCAAUGAACCCUGGAAGAAGAUCAAGGGAGGAGACGCAGAAAGGUUGCGUUCAGGCACAGUGACCGGUGUGUCUGUGAAUGUCGCCUGCUUGCUGUCAGUGAUGCUGUUUCCUUACAUGCCAACCGUUAGUCAAACCAUCAGGGAUCAAUUCAAUGCCCCUAACUCUUGCAUGAAUACCAUGUUGCAAGGCACCGGCACGUUCGUAUGUGUCCUGAGUGCCGGCCACCGCAUCGGCACUGUCAGUCCGUUGUUCCAGAAAUUAGAAGCGGACCAGAUUGAGGCUUUGAAGAAGAGAUUUGGUGGACAGCAGAUGACGGCUCAGAGCGCUGCCAACACUCAGUCCGCCACUAUGCCAGCUCCUGCUGCGGCUGCUGAGGUGGCGGCGGUGAACGGCGUGGACCCAGAGAAAGCCAAGCAGCUCACUCAAGCCGUGGCUGAGCAGGGGGACAAGGUGCGAGAACUCAAAGCCCAGAAGGCAGAGAAAGCCGUGAUCACAGCAGAAGUGGCCAAACUACUGGACCUCAAGAAACAGCUGGCUCUGGCGGAAGGGAAGAUCCCUGGGCCUGCACCUCAGAAGGGGAAGAAGAAGUGAGGCAGGAAAAAAACUGAAGGCAAAAUGAUGGAGGUUAGUCAGGGGAAGGAAAGACUAGAAUGGUUUGAGGUAUGAUAGUGGAGAAUGGGAACAAGAUGUACACUAAGAGAGAUGAGGGUAUUAGCUUAAGGCAAAGCCGUGACAGGAUCUAAGACAAUGUGGUAUUGGCACUGAGGACUAAUGAAAUGCUGGAUAGGCCGACGGGGAAAUGAAAACACACAAAGAGAGAGUCAAAUGAAUACAGCUACAGAAUGGAGGGAUUUUUCCAAAUCCCCACACCAAAAGAAACUGAUUUUAUACUCUCCCUGUGAUAAAGUCAGCAUACGAUAUUAGCGUUGGAAGGUGUGUUGAGCAUUUAAACAUGUUUUUAUAUCCUCUGGAAAAUUGUUUUUUUGCUUUUUGCUACAAAUACCCUUUUUGAAUCCCAAAAAAUAAA